AUGCCAUUAUUUUUAUUAUACAUAUGGAAUAACUUUUGCAUAAAACUGCCAAAACUGUUUACCUUAAUUCCAGGAUGUUUCCUACUUGCAUGUCCACUUGGAAUAACAGGUCCUCCUGGACCUCCUGGUGCUGAUGGCAGUCCAGGAGAUUCUGGAAACCAAGGCCCUCCAGGAGAAGAUGGAUAUGAUGUAAAACUCGAAGCGGAACCAGACCUCCCUUGCAUUAUAUGCCCAGCUGGACCACCUGGAUUAAGAGGUCAACAAGGUGAGCGUGGCAGAACAGGCGAACCUGGUAUUCGUGGGAUGAAAGGCCCACAUGGAGGUCCUGGAACUGCUGGUGCGAUAGGACGAAAAGGAAACCCAGGUCCACGAGGACCAAAAGGACCAUCCGGACGACGAGGACCCGAUGGCGAUACUGCUGUGGCAGGUAUUGGAAUAAAAGGACAUAAGGGACCUCUGGGCCCAGCAGGACCAAAAGGGCCAAUUGGGCCAGCUGGUAAGCCAUCAAAAACUCCGGGGCUCUCUGGAAAACCUGGGACCAUCGGACCUGUCGGGCCACCAGGACGGCCAGGGCUAUCAGGAGAAAAUGGAUCAUGGGGACCACCUGGAGAACCUGGUAAGUUACCAUGCAACAUUUUUUUUACGAAUUCAUAUUUUUUGCUUUUUUAUAACACAAGCGAACCAGCAUCUUACUGCGCAUCGGACUGCGGCAUCUCUCAAAUCGUAGCUCCAGCCCAUCAUCCCUUCUUGUAUCCAUCACCUGAAGUCACCGAAAUUUAUAGCGAUCUACAUGCCGCUAAACUCGAGAACAAAUUCAACCAGGAAGACUAUUUAUGGCUUUUAAAAAAUUGA